AUGCAUCUUCAUGUUCACAUCACCAAGCCACAUACCAUCUGUCUAGACAAGACAGUUGAGGAGAAGGGAGCAAUUGGAAGGGGGGCGGGGGGGCUAGCUUGGCCUGCACUCCAGACCUCAGGAACGUUAUUGUGCAUUGAACAGCUGAUUUUGGAAGACUAUUGCCCAGAAGAAAAGUUGUUUGGUUUUCACAAGCCAAAGAUGUACCAAAGUAUACACGGCUGCUGUAUUUGCAGAGCUAAGUCCUCCAGUUCUCGAUUCACUGACAGUAAACGCUAUGAAAAGGACUUCCAGAGCUGUUUUGGGUUGCAUGAGACUUGUUCAGGAGACAUCUGUAAUGCCUGUGUCCUGCUUGUGAAAAGACGGAAGAAAUUGCCAGCAGGAUUAAAAAAAAAAAACAAAAAAAACUGGAAUCAUGUGGUAGAUGCAAGGGCAGGACCCAGUUUGAAGACAACAUUGAAACCAAAGAAAGUGAAAACUCUAUCUGGAAACAGGAUAAAAAGCAACCAGAUCAGUAAACUACAGAAGGAAUUUAAAUGUCACAAUUCUGAUGCUCACAGUACCACCUCAAGUGCCUUUCCAGCUCAGUCUCCUUGUUACAGUAACAAGUCAGAUGGUGGCUCAGAUACAGAGAUGGCUUCUGGCUCUAACAGAACGCUAGUUUUUUUUUCCUUUUUAGGUCUCACAUACUGGAAAAGACAGAAAAUACGUUGCCGGAUUAUCUAUAAAGGCCGUUUUGGAGAAGUUCUCAUUGACACACAUCUAUUCAAGCCUUGCUGCAGCAAUAAGAAAGCAGCUGCUGAGAAGCCGGAGGAGCAGGGGCCAGAGCCUCUGCCCAUCUCCACUCAGGAGUGGUGACUGAGGUUUAGGUAGAAGGGGAACAAAAAAACGAUUUAAAUUUUGGAAAGAAAACAAAGCAACAAAACCCUCCUAUUUUUAACUUGGAUACCUGCUAUUCUGCCAAAAGACACUUUCUAGAAUAGUUUUGAAUGGGUUGUUAUUUCUCCUCCAGUUCCACAAACUCUGAAGCCAGUGUCUAGCUUACUAAAA